AUAAAAGUAGAAAUAACAUGGAAAUAACGGUUGUUUGUUAUAGUUCGUUGCCGGUGUUUGCUACAGAAGGACGUGUCUUGUUCAUUCGAAUAUAAUGCCUGAAGUACAUCCAGCUUUUGCGGAGGCGGGAAAGAAACAAGGAUUGGAGAUAUGGCGUGUUGAAAACUUUGAACCCGUCGCGAUACCUCUAAAUCAGUAUGGUAAUUUUUACUCAGGAGACUCUUAUAUCGUGCUUAAGACGUCAGGUGCAUCAAACCUGUCCUGGGACAUCCACUUCUGGCUGGGCACCAACACCAGUCAGGAUGAAGCUGGGGCAGCUGCCAUCUUGUCUGUCAAUCUGGAUGACGAACAAUUCCAUGGAGAUGCUGUACAACACAGAGAGACACAGGGUCAUGAGUCUAGACAAUUCCUGAGUUACUUUGAACCUGCUAUUAGAUAUAUGGAUGGUGGGCAUGCUUCAGGCUUUAGUCAUGUGACCAUCAAUCCUGGAGCUGAGAAGAGAUUGUUCCAGAUUAAAGGCAGAAGAAAUGUCCGUGUUAAACAGGUUGAAGCUUCAGUUAAAUCAAUGAACAAGGGUGAUUGUUUCAUAUUAGAUGUUAACCACGAUAUCUUUGUGUACGUGGGAGAUGGUUCCAAGACUGUAGAAAGAUUGAAAGCUAUAACUGUUGCUAAUCAGAUCAAAGAUCAGGACCAUAAUGGAAGAGCUAAUAUUGAGAUUAUUGAUCCGUUCUCCCAUGAAGGUGAUCUGGAGAAGUUCUUUGAAGCACUCGGCUCUGGUGAUCAGGAUUCAGUGCCUGAUGCUGAGGAAGGUGGUGACGAUGAAGAGUUUGAAAGAGGAAGUACCAAAGAAGUAACACUUUCCGAGAUAUCAGACAGGACUGGUCAAUUGGAGAUCAAAAAACUCUCUGGACCAUUGAAUAGAGAACUAUUGGAUACCCAGGAAUGUUACAUUUUGGACACCGGCAGCAGUAUCUAUGUAUGGGUCGGCAGGAAAUCCAAUGGAACGGAGAAAUCAGCAGCAAUGGCGAAAGCAGAACAAUAUUUGAAAGCCAACAAUUAUCCUGCUUGGGUACAUAUAUCAAAAGUGACGGAAGGAGCUGAAGCGGCUGCUUUCAAACAAUAUUUUGUUGACUGGAAUUAAAUUUAAAUGCGUGUCCAUUGUCUAAAAACUUGUAUAGAAACAAGGUCUUAUUUUACUCCACUUUCACUUCCUACCCUUAUUAGUAAAGGAUGGGAAUUGGAAGUGGACUUUCCGGAUGAGAUGCAUGGGAAGGGAAAAUAUUUUUUCUUUCUGUGCAUCUCCUCCGUCGAUUAAAGGUAGGCAACACAUAUGCAAUUGCGUAUGUCUAUGGUCAAUGGUCACUUCGCUAUUUCAGCGAUUUUAUGAGACCACUCGCUCGUUUGCCACUUUAUGAUAUAAAAAAGGAGUCACAGAAAGAGAAUAUUUUCCCUUCCGAUGCCGGAUGAGGCAUAGGAAGGGAAAAUAUUCUCUUCUCCUUCUCUGUAUCCUUCGUAGAUUCGCUAUUUCAGCGACUUCAGUUGGCCGCUCGUUUGCCACUUUAUAAUAUAAGAUUUUUAUAAUCUCAGACAGUUUGUUUUGAUGCAAGUUUUAUGUCAAUGGAAUUUCAUUAUAUCGCUUGAAAUGAAUCUCUAUAUCAAAAUGCACAAAUUAUAUUUUGCUUUUAGUGUUGUAACUGUAGGAUUUUCGUGACACUUGUAUACAAAUGAUAGGACAUGUAUACAUGUGUCACUUUGUACGUGUAGUACAAAAUGUAAACAUGAGACAGUUGUAUACUCUUCGUAGUAUAAUGUGUAUACAUUUGACACUUGUAUACAAGAUGUAUACACAUGUCAAUGCAGUGGAGUUUUAUUUUAUUAUUCAUUUUAAGAUACACAAAAAUGUUACAAAAUCUCUUUCAGUAUUCGAAUAAUUUUUUUUGGCUUGUGAUUUUACAUUUUUUUUAUUAAUAACGUUUGAGUUUCAAAUUAUCAAUGUUGUAUAAUUGCUUUAAAAGUGAAAUUAAUACUAAAGUAUAGUUACGUGCUUUAUGUUGCAUUUAUAUUUUUAACAAUUUAUAAUUGUGUUUAUUUUGUGAUUUUUUUUAAUAUGUAAGUUUAGUUGAUAUAUUUAAGUUUGUCAAAUAAAUGUGUAUGA